UAUCGGCGAGAGGGCUCUCUUUUCCUUUUGGUAAUAUUAUAUUUCUCUAUGGUUUUUGCUUCUCUGUUGGGUUGCGGUUUUUUAAAUUGUUAAAAAAGAAAUAAAGUUCACUUAUAUCAUUGCAAAGUUAAAAAUUAUUAAAAAUGGCAGACCGUCUUACACAAUUGCAGGAUACCAUUAACCAACAAGCUGAACAUUUCUGCAACAGUAUUGGCAUAUUACAGCAGUUUUCAACACCCAGCAAAUUUCCUGGUUUUGAUCGUAGUGGUUCACAAACUCCUCAACAGCAACAAAACCAAGAAGACUAUGCUAUGUUGUUUGCAACUUUGAUAUCCAGGUGUGCUAAAGAUAUAGACACUUUGAUUGAGUCACUGCCUAGUGAGGAGAGUUCAGCUGAGCUGCAAGUGCAGAGUUUGAGGCGUCUAGAGGCUGAGAAUAAAGAAGCUGCUGAACAAUUGGAAGAGGUUGUCCGUCAAGGUGAGAUAUUGCUUGAGAAAAUACAAGGUGCUCUCAGUGACAUCGCACAGUGCCAAUUAGAUAUGCAGAAUCCCACUCUUAUUCUUAAUAAAGAUGUGAAACCACAGUUAUAGGACUUGAGAAAACACGGUGUUUACCACCGUAAAUGAUCUGUUUACAUAAUAUUACUGCUUUGAG